AGAAAAAUUUGGAUCACAGCAUCUCCUUCUCAACAUGAAUCUUUUACAGAUCCUGUGCACUAUUUUAUUACUGGGAAUUUCAGUAAAUGCUGAUCCUACAAUUUUCUCUCAGUCUCCAUCAGUUAUUCCUGUGACUCCUGGACAGUCUGUCACCCUGGAAUGUGCUGUGAAAAAUGAAAAUGUUUCGAGGGUGUCUAUGAACUGGAUUCGCCAGUCACCUGGAAAAGCACCCGAAGGUGUCCUACGGUACAUGGCUGACAACAAAAUCUACAGAGCUCCUGCGAUAUCAGAUCGAUUUGUACCAUCGAGAGAUACAGUCAGGAGUUAUUAUCUUCUCACAAUUAAUAAUGUCGAGGCAAAUGAUGACUCCAAAUACUACUGCUUCAUUUACUAUACUGAUGGAAACCAAGCAUGGGGAGAAGGAACUCGAGUACAAGUUCUGAGAAGUGACCUUCCUCGUCCGUCUGUUCAAGUUCUUCCUCCCCCACAAGAGCAGCUCAGUGGUUCAGGCCAAGUGACUCUCAGCUGCCUGGUGAGCGGCUUCUUCCCGGGGUACAUAGACAUCCAGUGGAGUGUGGAUGGUCAGCGAGUGACGGACAACAUUCAGUCCAGCCCGGUGUCCUUGGACAGCAGUGGAAAUUCCUACCUGGCUAUUAGUUACCUGAAGCUGCCUGCUGCUGACUGGAAGAGCCAUGCGAGAUACUCCUGUGUGGCCACUCAUGAGUCCAGUAAGGUCCCAGUCAUUGGCUCUGUUGCUCCUCAAGACUGCAAGCCUCUCUAAAGAAGAUCUUUGCUUUAAUUCUAUUCUUUCCUUGAAAGGAAUGUUUUUGUUAUAUUUUAUAUUAAUUACAACAUGAAUUUCUGUGUCUUUAAAGCAUUAUUUUUGUGUGUUUGUUUUUUAUGUACAGCUUAGGCUUGAAACUUACCACAAAGGUACUUCUCACCAUAGGCCUGGUUUUUAAAAUGUGAUUUUCA